UAUGUAAUUUCGUAUGCUGUGACCUUUACCUUUGACCAAAUUACCUCAGAAACAACAGACGACAUCUACUGACUGCGGGCAAAGAUUGCUACAGCGUUAGCAGAAACCGUUUUCAAUUUAGAGGACACUGUGACAUUGACCUUCUUAUCUCCACAGUCAUGAUAUAGGCUCUGUAUAAAAAAAAAUUAUAUCCUCUUUCAAAAAAAAAAAUAAAUAAAUAAAAAUAUCCUCUUCAACAGUGAAAUGUCUAAGUUAAGUUUUAAACAUGCUUCAUCUAUUUGUACAUUAUGUUAAGUAGAUGGAAACGGAAAUUGCAGUCCAUCCCAUAAUGCAUUUUUGACGUUCGUGACGUAACACAAUUAACGUGACAACGUCACUUGGCGACGGCAAACGCAGCGGAAUACAUAGCAAUAUUUGAGCGGGCAUUUAAUUCCAGCCGAAAUGGCUGAAAAAGCCCCGCCAAGGGUAAGAUUUAUAGGAGUGAAACCAGUUGCCGACGUUUCCGAAGACGACAUGAAUAAUUUUACUCCACAAAAAGGUAACAGCCAAAACGCAGUGGAAAAGAAAGUCAGCAGAGGUCAGAAUAAAUCUAAAUUUUUUCCAGUUCCACCAGCUGUACUGUCAGCACACGAUGCGCAGUUUGCUGUAAUUGAUAAGUCAUUCCAUGAGGUAGAAAUAAAAUUUGCAAGCCCGGUCAAGGAUGCAAAAGAAGUAAAGGUCCACGGCACUGAGGAAGGAAAAAAUGAAGAUAUGGAAGCAAAUGAUGAUUCUAAUGAAUUUAGAAAGGAAAAACCGAAGAAAAAGAAACUGAAAAAGAAUUCCGUUUUACCUUUGGGUGUUACACAAAUGGAUAAAGAGAAAUUUGAAGAUUUCACUAAAGAUGUGGAUGCUGGAGAACCGGACUGCAGAAAUGACAAGAGGAAGAAAACGAAGAAGGGAAAUGGCAAGACAAAAAAGAAGAAGAAAAAAGGAAAGAAGGAACCAGUCGUGGAACCGCAGAACACUUCAACUGCAAACAAGAAACCAGAGCAGAAAGUAGAGGUGAUUGAAGCCACAAAGAAGAUAAACAGUGACAAAGACAAGCCCGCAGACGACAAGAAUAAAGCCAGAAAACUGCCCUGUUGCUUUGGUUUCAUUUCCACCUGGAUUGCCAAGAGGAAACAGAAAAGACGAGACAAGAAAAGAAAAGCGAUUGCCAACAGAUCCGGCCUGCCAAAUCUCGUGCAAUAUGAACACAAGAAGGCAAGGGGAGGUGAAGCUUUUGUCAUAGAGGUUGAUAGUAAACCUGUCAUAAAGAAGCCGCUCCUUCCACCAAUAAAACAAACAGACGGACCUAUUCGCCGUGGCGCUGACAACAGGCUUCAGACAGCCGAGAAAAGGAGGGCCGAGGAAUUGGCUAAACGAAAAGCUGCUGCAGAAACCUAUGAAAGAAAAAGGAAAAAAUGUAAGGCAAGAAAGUCAGAACUUGACAUAGACUUCAGGAAUAAAGUCGAUCUUAACAUCAGAUUCAAACAAGCCGACGCUGAAAGGAACCGCAAUAACCUAAGCCGCCGCACAACAACAGCGACCAGGCCUGUUACAUCCAUCCAGUCUUCAUCCUGCGAAUCUGUGAACAUUGAAGGUGAUCCAUGCGCAUUUAUUGAUGACGACAACGAUCCAGACGCAUGGAGAGUCGACGAUGUCGACAUCUUCUCCUACUAAAUUUUAUGCCGACCGACUGCCUCCUGAAAACGGUAGACAAAAUAAACUUUGCUGGUCACAUUACAGAAUGUAAAAAUUCAAGUUUAUUAUAAGCAGUGAAUUGUUUAUUUAUUGAAUGAAUGAUAUAAACAAAACAUUAUGAAAUAACGAUUUUGAAUAUAAUGACGAGGUUUGCAGGGUUUUUUUCUGUAUAAAAUCAAAUACUUUGUACUCCGAGAUUUGAUCUAUUUUAGUAUCAAUAUGUGCUUUGUAAUUUCAGUUGCUCAACUCCGAUUUUUUCUGCAGUUAAAAACAUUUUUAUUGAAAAGCUUGGUAUUUAUAAAUUCCAGGAAUAUCUUUAUGCAUUAUGGAUGUAAGUACGUGUAUGUAGUUAUUCUGGCCACAUCUGUUUUCAUGCCAUAAAACGUAUAUAAAAACAAUAAUAAAAGAAUCUGAAAAAUACCAAAAAAAGUAAUCUACCUCUAUAACCAUGAUUUAUCAUGGUGAGGUAUGAGAAAAAUUGAUGAUUUUUUAGUACUAAAAGAUUCGGGAAAACAACAACAAUCAUUAAAACAUGUCCUUAAUUAUUACAUCUAUCUGCAUUUGACUUGUCAAAAGCAGGUAUGAUAAAUAAUACAAACAUCUUCUGGAUUAAUAUUAUUCUUUUAAAGAAGGAUCAUGAAAAAUCAAAGUGGGACUAUUUUCAUUUUACAAAAUUUGGCAUGAAAUAAAACAGUGGUCAUCUGUUAUCAAAGUUUUUUGUGGAUUCUAUUCUAUUUGAUAUUAGUUUCUUUACUUGGAGUAAGUGAUUAAUACUAAACUGAGCAUUUUUUUUUUUUUUUUUUUUUUUUUUUUUUUUUUUUUUUUUUUUUUAUAAAUUGAUCUCAUAAAAGAUGGUAUGAAAUAAGACAGUGGCCAGUUAUAACACUUUUACGGGUUGUUGGUGCUUAGUUUCCAUUCUACAAAUAUCAUUUUCUUAGAUAGGCAUCUUUUCUGUUAACUUACAUUGAUCACUUACGAAGCUUUAACAAAUUGUUGGCGCUUAUCACUUUCGUAACAAUUAAUCAUUAAACACAAAAAUAGUCACUCAUCUAAAAUUUUUGGCAUGAAAUAAAACAUUGGUCUGUUAUGACGCCUUUAGCAAAUUUUCGGAGCGCUUUUCUUUCUAUACAUCCAUUAACAGAAUAAUUGAGAAUUAUUAACUGCGAAUAAGUUCAAAAAGAAUUGAACAUACACAUGCAUUAGUAUUUUAUUUAAGAAAUAUUCUAAAAACGUCCAGAAAUUACGUUUACGAAGAAUAAUAUUAUCAUAGAAUUUUUAUGAUAACUUAAAUCAAUCACUACACUGCACUACUAUUUUUCUAAUUAGAAAUUGUUUUGUUCACGU